AUGGUAUACCUCGCUUCUCAGGGGAUGGCGCUCAACCCCGCCAACCACAGCUCAUCCUCCCUCUCCUCCGCAGCAACAAAUUCAGACUAUUCAUCGUUCGACCUCACAACACUCGGCUCAUCCACUUCAAGUCUUCCCCUCACGCCAACUCCCAAACCAACCCAGACCUCCUCCUCCUCCUCCUCCUCCUCCUACCUAGAAUCAACAGACCCUUACCAUCACCCUAUCAAACUGGAAACGAUCGAGUUGUCUACCUACAGCAUACCCUCCACUUCCACCAUCAUCCACAACACUAUCCCCAAGAAAGAGAAGGUGCCUCGACCCCCAAACGCUUUCAUCAUUUACAGGAGAGAGCACUCGGCAGGCUAUUCAAAGAUCACUGCCGCAGAGCUCUCUAAGAUUCUGGGCGAACAAUGGGCUAAUGAGCCUCCAGAACGGAAAGCUCACUACUUCAAGCUGGCCAAGGCCGCAGAGAAGGAGCACGCCCUCAUGUUCCCCUAUUACAAGUUCACGCCAGCCAAGCGCGGCACCGGACGGAAGGCCAAAACCAUGCGUGCCGCUGCCAGUGCCCCAUUGAAAACCACGCCUGAUUCUCCAAAGCCUCGCGCAUACAAACCUUCGCCCCUGUCCGCCUUGGCUCCUGCUCAUUUUCCUCUUUCCAUUUCACCUCAGUUGUCAUCGUCAUAUCUGCCUACGCCCAUGCCAUCGAUGCACUCCUCCCUAGGACGUGGUGUCUCUCACUCAAGCGCGUUUCCGUAUACCACAACCACCGCAAAAAAUAAUACCCAGGCUUCAGCCCACUUGGCAAGACCAGGUGACGUCAAGGACUACUGCUUUCAUCACAGCCAGUCUAACCGGUCAGAUGCUCAGAAGCCCAAGCCCCGACACGCAGCCGCUCCUUUACGCACAAGGCCAUCCACAUCAACCACGCAAGACUCGUAUUGUCAUGCCGCUCCCGGUCCCCUCGACCCUGACAUGUUCCCUUCGCUCAACUUUGGCUUCCCUCACCUCUUGCCUCAGUUUGGAGGUGUCUCGAGUACGUCGUCCUUGUCGCCGUCAGGGUUCUCGGCCAGUUCGUUGCUCUUUGACCCCGUCGUCCCAACGACCUGGCAGUGGACCCCUCCCACGCCUGCAACACCGUACCAAUUUACAAUGCCUGCGAUGACUCCCUCAAGCUUCCAUGGUCGGUCUCAGUCGUCCCCCAUGCCCCUCAGUCAAGAGAUGACCCAUCUGGUUAACUUGCCUGCCUUUGACUACUUUGCCCUCCAAGACCCCGGCCGGCCAACUGCCUUGUCCAUGAACUGGCCACACAUGAGCCCCUCGAUCACCGGAACUCCCUUGCCCAUUCCUGAUGAUGUCGCGGCCACGGCCAAUGGUGACGACUGCGCCCCAACGUCAUACCAAUGGGGCGUUGGAGCUCCAGUUCCUGCCUCUGCCUGGCCAAGCCCAGAAGCCAUCUAUGGUGCAGACCUCCCAGUACCAGUCUCGCCCGAAUUCCGCGCUUCAAUGAACAUCCCGAUCCCAUCGGUCAAGCAGCAGCAUCAUCACCAUUAUCAUCACUUGCACAACUACCACAACCAGAUCAUGCCGGUGAAUGGGUCUGCAGCCAGCUUUUCAGCCUCGAUGAUGGCCGAGCAAGAUAUGUCAAUCUCUCCUGUCCUGUCCACUUGCUCAUCAAGUUACAGCAGCUUGUACUCUCUGAACGAGCACCAGGCACACUUCCCACAACACUUCUUGUCAGGAGACCUUGCGCUCGAUCACACGACCUCCAAGACCCCCAUGGCGACAGCAAGAUCGGCCGCGGCUGAUACUUCAGAUGUGACCCUCCAUGACCUGGAACAAAAGAGCGCGAAGCUUGACGCUGCUGCUACCGCCGCCGCGGCACAGGUUGCGGGUCGUAGUCCUAUCUCCUGCAAGACCUUUGUUUGA